AUGUCGUCGCCUUUAAAGCCACAUCCCGAGGCCGUUGCCGACAAAGUGCUCAAGCGGGUCGAAGUGAGCAAGAUUGCCCGAAAGCUACAGGGACGCCUAGCCCUCGCACAUUUCAAGACUAAGCAUGGCUGGGAAGACCUCACCCUUGAUCACAUCGAACCCAAGAUUGAAGAGGUCCGGAGAAACCGCCUGCAAGAUGGAGAUAUAUUGUCCGACUCGUCAUCCAGCACUUCCGAGCUGCCAUACCCAACCAGAGGGCUCAUGAGCUCGCCGCUCAAGGCACCACUUUUUUCGGAUGCCAUUGGUUCCAGCAAUGGCAGCACCGGCCACCGCAAGCGAACAUACAUGGCUUCAUUUGAUAUGGAUAUGGUCAUGUCAAGUCCCACAAAGCGAUACCGAACCUCACCAACGGCACAUAAGUCAUUUGGGGCACAGUCUUCUCUCAAGACACACCGUCAGUUGAUUCAGUCAUCACCGAUCAAGCCUCGGAGGCAGCAACACUUUACAACUUCGACAGGCCCAGACGUAUCCUUUUUCCAGGGCACCCGCCGUGUCUCGGCCGACUUGACUUCCCCCAACCUUACGGCACCCGCAUCCGAUGACGAUGAUGACUUGCUUCCCACACAUUCAUUUCAAGUUGGCCGCAGCCGCGAUUCCCCUCCUAGCACACCACCGAUGCGGCCCCGAUCGCUACAACGCCGCAGCAGGGAGAAACUGGAUGAUGGCAAGGAAGAGGGCGCAGACUUGCUGCUUUAUCUAGCAGCGUCCCCUUCGCCUGCAGUCAGAAACAAUUCUAGAAUGGAGCCUCCGUCAACACCGCCGCCCCGGAGAGACUUGGGCUUGCCGUCUUCGGUGAUGGGAACCCCUGGAGGGAUGGGACACAGUAAUCUUCUGUUCCCUGCCACCCCUGGGCAACCAUUUGACCUCUCCGAUUUCGUCAACAUCACCCCGAGCCCAGCACAGAAGCCGUGGAAAACACCGGUGGCCCUGGCCAGGACACCUCUCAGCGUGGCCAGAAGACGACUCACGUUUGACGAACCCUUACACGGACUAUGA